UAUGUAUGUAUGUAUGUGUGUGUAUGUGUGAGGGAGCCGGCAGACUGAAGCAAGCCACAGAGGCAGGCUCUAACUCCAACCCAAUGAGCUCGCAGCCCUCACACUCUCACACACACACACACACACACACACUCUCUCCUCAACGCCGGCUCUCGCUCUUGCUUCAACCCUGGGACACAGAAGAAGAAGAAGGAGAGGAGAGAGAGAGGCAGCGAGUGGCAGAGAGGGAGUGUGAGGGCGCGGGAGUAAGAGAGGGAGAGAGAGGCAGAGGGAGACUGGUGGGGUGUGAGGGAGAACACCAUGGCUUCAGAUCCGGGGCUGGCUGCGAUGCUGCUAUGGACUAUAUCACUACAGGCUCUGGGCUCCGCGGGAACUAACAGCAACGAAGUGAACCUACUGGACACGACGACGAUCACAGGAGACUGGGGAUGGCUAACGUAUCCGUCACAUGGGUGGGAUGCCAUUAACGAGAUGGACGAGUACUUCAGCCCUAUCCACACGUACCAGGUCUGUAACGUGAUGAGCCCCAGCCAGAACAACUGGCUGAGGACGGGCUGGCUCCCUCGAGACGGAGCGAGGAGGAUCUACAUCGAGGUCAAGUUCACCCUGAGAGACUGCAACAGCAUGCCUGGUGUACUGGGCACCUGCAAGGAAACCUUCAACCUGUACUACUAUGAGUCUGACCGAGCAGUAGGCUCGGCCGUACGGGAGAACCAGUUCAUUAAGAUUGACACCAUUGCCGCUGACGAGAGCUUCACAGGGGUGGACCUGGGAGUCCGCAGACUUAAACUCAACACUGAGGUGCGAGGCGUGGGCCCUCUGAGCAAACGAGGCUUCUACCUGGCCUUCCAGGACAUCGGCGCCUGCAUUGCCCUCACCUCUGUGCGGGUGUACUACAAACGCUGCGUGGGCGUGAGCCGUAACCUGGCCGUGUUCACCGACGUGGUGACGGGCGCCGACUCAUCCUCUCUGGUGGAGGUCCGGGGUCAGUGUGUGGAUCACGCAGAGGAGAGGGACACGCCCAAGAUGUACUGCAGCGCCGAGGGCGAGUGGCUGGUGCCCAUCGGGAGAUGUGUGUGCUCCGCCGGAUUCGAAGAACACAGAGAUUCCUGCGUGGCCUGUGAAGUGGGUUUCUAUAAGCCGGUGGCAGGCGAUGGCUUGUGCGGUAAAUGUCCCCAACACAGCCACUCGGAGACCAGAACCCCCUGCCCUUAUCCAUUAUCCCUGUACAAACAUUCAACACUCCCUCUCCAGUUCCGCCCUCCAUCUGCUCCAGUAAACGUCAUCUCCUCGGUCAACGGGACGUCUGUGAAUUUAGAGUGGGAUCGCCCUCUGGAUACUGGCGGUCGCAGCGACCUGAAGUACAGCGUGCUGUGUCAGAAAUGCUCAGGGGAAGGAGGGCCCUGUGAGGACUGCUCAUCCUCCCCGGGAGGCCCUGGCGGAGGGAAGGCGGGCGGAGGAGGGGCGAGUCUCGGGGUCGGAGGCAUGGUGGAGCGUCUGGGCAACGCGGCAGUUCGAUUCGUUCCACGCCAGACUGGGUUGACGGAGCCGUGGGUGACUGUGCUCAACCUGGUGGCUCACACCAACUACUCCUUCCGUCUCCUGGCCAUGAACGCAGUGACACACCUGAGCAACGAGCCGUCACCGUACGCCUUGGUCAACAUCACAACGAACCAGGCAGCCCCCUCGGAAGUGUUAGCGAUCCGCCAGGAGAACACCAGUCAGAACAGCGUGACUCUGCUGUGGCAUGAACCCGGCCAGCCCAACGGAGUAAUCCUGGAGUACGACAUCAAAUACUACGAGAAGGAUAAUGAAGCGCAGAGUUACUCCACUCUGAAGUCUAGAAACACCAGCGCCCGAGUGUCAGGGCUGAAGCCAGGCACCAAGUACAUCUUCCAGGUCCGAGCCAGAACGUCAGCAGGCUGCGGACGCUUCAGCCAGAAUGUGGAGAUCCAGACUGGGAAAGCAGCUCCUCUGCGCUACAACACCAUGACCAUCACCUGGAUCUGCAUGGCCAUGGUGUCCGGCCUGGUAACCUUUCUGGCCAUCAUCAUCUGCAGGAAACGGCAAGGCUACACUUUACCACACUACCCAUCGCUGCUACACUGUGGCUACAGCAAAGCCUUCCAGGACUCUGAUGAGGAGAAGAUGCAUUACCAGAACGGUCACGUGUCAUUCCCCGACGCAAGGUUCUAUAUCGACCCGCACACAUACGAGGACCCCUGCCAGGCGGUCCACGAGUUUGCCCGAGAAAUUGAAGCUUCCAGGAUCAAAAUAGAGAAAAUCAUUGGUUCAGGGGAGUUUGGGGAGGUGUGUUAUGGACGUAUGAGACUCCCGGGUAAAAGAGACAUCCCAGUGGCCCUGAAGACCCUGAAGGCAGGCUACACAGAGAAACAGAAGAGGGACUUCCUGGCUGAGGCGUCCAUCAUGGCCCAGUUCGACCACCCCAAUGUCAUCCGCCUGGAGGGAGUGGUAACCCAGAGCAAACCUGCGAUGAUCAUCACAGAGUACAUGGAGAACGGCUCUCUGGACUCCUUCCUCAGGAGACACGACGGACAGUUCACCAUCAUCCAGCUGGUCGGGCUGCUGCGCGGCAUUGCGGCCGGCAUGACCUACCUGUCUGACCUGGGCUACAUCCACAGAGACCUGGCUGCCCGCAACAUCUUGGUCAACAGCAACCUGGUGUGUAAGGUGUCUGACUUCGGCCUGUCCCGAGUACUGGAGGACGACCCCGACGCCGCAUACACCACCAGUGGCGGGAAAAUUCCUAUCCGCUGGACAGCCCCAGAGGCUAUUGCCUACAGGAAGUUCUCCUCGUCCAGUGACGUGUGGAGCUACGGAGUGGUCAUGUGGGAGGUGACGUCCUACGGAGAGCGACCAUACUGGAACCUCACCAACAGAGAUGUGAUCAAAUCUGUGGAAGAGGGCUACAGGCUGCCUGCUCCUAUGGGCUGCCCUGGUCCUCUACACACACUCAUGCUGGACUGCUGGCAGAAGGAUCGCAACGAGAGGCCACGCUUUUGCCAGAUAGUCACUGUUCUUGACAAGCUCAUCCGCAACCCAGAGAACCUGAAGUCAAUGGACACGCUCUGCAGUUUAAACAGUCCUUCUCUGAUGGAGAGAGCUAUCCCUGACUUCAGUAGCUGUAACUCAGUAAACGAGUGGCUGGACACCAUAAAGAUGGGUCGCUACAAGGACCACUUUGCAGCAGGGGGGUACCAAACUCUGGGACACGUCAUAAGCAUGAACCAAGGGGACAUCCAGAGGCUCGGGGUGACACUGAUGGGCCACCAGAAGAAGAUCAUGACCAGUGUCCAGCUGAUGAGGGCACAGGUCCUCAACAAGAGUGUACCAUCUGUGCAUGUAUAACUCCAACACUGAGGUUUCUCUCUUCUGAAAUCUAGAAACCCAGGCUUCUGUAAGGUCUAGAGGGACUCCGUGGAAUUCAAGAUGAUCUGAUAAGCGAUACGUGGGAACUUUACAAGACUUUUUCCCGAAGAGAUUGCAGAACAAAAUGUGAACGGUUUUAACUAUGGAGCAAGUAAACAUGACUUCUUUGGGACAAGUCCGACCUUUCAUAUUUUUUUUUCCUAUCUGGUUGCAUUUUCUGAGUUUAAACGUCUUGUUUAUAAAUGGAAAGACUGCCUUAAUUACCACAAAUUGUUUUAAUUGUAUUGUCUAUAAAGAGAAGAUAAUUUAUCAAUCAUGAAUUUAUCAGAGACAUAUGAUUUAUUGAAUCGGGCAAUAGUAAGAGUACAUGGAGUGAUGUAGAGAGUGGGGGUGUUUUCUGAUGAUAUUCGCUGCCUCUACUUCAGUACCAGCUUGAGGAGAACGUGGCCCAGAAGGAGGCUCGAGACAGAAAAAGUGGAAAAAAGUGAGAUAGAGCUCACCCAAGUUGCCAGAUCGUCUCCACAGUGGAGAAGACCUAUUUCACCCCAGGCUAUUAAUACCAACAACAGGCACAUUUCUCCACCGUCUAACCUUGAUGAAUGAACCCAGGAGAGCCCUGGAGCCCUCUGCCCAGUUUUAAGCUGCGUAGCGCACAACUACUGUACUUGGAAGAUGUGUAUGAUUCAGUUACGGUGCACUUUAUUCUACAAUCUCUCUGUGUUAUGGAGGCUUUGCAGUUGUGUCACAAAUCUCUUCUCAGCCACAACUGGAGUCCCAAUGUUGGUCCGUUAAAGAAUUAGCUUGUUUGAAAAUAUUACAUGAAUAAUGACUAACUAUACAGUAUAAAACCCAAGAAGAAAAAGAUCUGUCUAACAUUUAUUAGUGUAGUAAGUUGUUCGCUCAUGAGAUUUGUUUCCAAACUUUCUUCACUGUGACAGUAAAACUGAAGAGAAAAUAUAUAAAUUACAUGCAAUAUGUUUAAAUACAUACAACAACAUAACAUAAUAUUGGCCAUUUCAAAUACUUUGAUAAAUACUUUUCAAGGCAUGAUUUUUGUUGAUUAGUUUCAGAUACUGUAAUACAUCUUCAUGCAGCUUAAAAGCAUUUUUUUAAAUGCAUUUCGAAGAUCCCUUAUAUUGAAAAUGUAUUUGAAAUGUAUGAGGCCAAAAUUAGCAUCAGUUAUUGCUUUUUUGCUUCUUGUUUGUUAGCCAAAUAUCAUUUAAGCAAAGCACCUGGUAUCAAUGCUAACUGACAACUAGAUGUUCUAGCUCUAGCUUCUACUACAUUUACUACAUUAUCUAGUGUGUAAGCUAGGUGUACAACAGAAGAGUGCUUAUGAGCAAAGCACAUAUUAAUUUGUUGUCGAACUCCUGCUAAAAUAUUGAAAUAUAAAAUGUGUGUUUGUGAAAGAAUUAUCAGUAAAAGAAGGCAGCACAAAAUA